AUGUCCAACAUACAUCCCUUUUGUGUAUUUUGCUCCAAAAAAGGCGGAAAAUUGAAUCUUUUUGAUGCAAAUAAGAUAACUAAGUGCAUACCAAUAUUGAAAAUUCGGAAAAACGCUGGUUUGAGUUUCUCCAAUGUUGUGUUACCGAAAGAGCCGAAUACUUUUCAAGUGUAUCACAGUCAGUGCCAUAGCCGUUUUACUGCAUUACCGCCUAAACAGAGAGGAUAUGAUCCGUAUAAGCAGGUACCCUCAACCUCAAGAAGUAUAGAUGCUAUGGAAGAAGAGCAUGCCGUUGGAACUGAAGGUGAUAGUGAAGAUGAGGGUAGAGAAGAGGCUGCAGUUCAAGGAGAAGGAGAGGUUGAUGUUGAAUACGACAAUGUUGAACCCGAACAUGUCGAUACAGACGAUCAUGUUGCUGCGGGCGAAGAGGCCAAUGUUGACGAUGUUAACGUAUCUGGCAUUGCUCAAGAGGUAUCACAUAAUCCUAUUUGUUUAUUCUGUGAUAAGAAUAGGAAAAAACAUCAAGGGCGUGAGCAACCAAUGCAUGUAUUAGAGAAGGCAGAGGCAUUGUCAAAUAUACAGGAAAUCGCUAUGAACUUGGAAGAUAUACAAUUCGUUCAAAAAUUGCAUAAUUUGUCGAUAGAAGAAAAAUAUAUAUUUUAUCAUGCUAUUUGUCGAAAAAAAUACGAAAAUACAGUCUCAUCGAAAAAAAGUAAAGAGAAGCCAAAGUCACAAUGGCAUAUAGCUCGCGAUAUUCAUUCUCGGGCAUAUAGGGAAGUAUGUGAAUUUGUUACAGAAAAUAUCAUCAUCAAAAACCAGUCGUAUUUUCUCUCGUUUCUGAACGCAAUAUUUAUAGAAUAUUUGGAAAGACAUGAGGCAAACACAGAUGCGUAUACGAUGAAGCCAUACCAUCUAGAAAAUCGGCUUCUAGCUACAUUCUCAAAAAAAAUAACCGUCGUGUCACACAAUAAUAAAAAACUAGUGAAACCCUACAAAGGCGUUGUAGUACAGAAAGAAUUUGAUCUGAUCGAAAAAGAGGAAGUUUUAUUUCAUGCAGCAUUGAUUUUAAGACAGGAAAUACAAAAUGUUAAGCGACGCCAAUUGCCAGAUCAGCUCAAUUCAACUGAUUUGAUUAGAGGAGAGUGUGAUAUUCCACAGAGCUUGAUUGAUUUUUAUUUAAAUCUACUUAGCGGGCCAAAUUAUCGACGUAAGCGUGGCGAAAAUGGAAAUAGAUUAGCAAAAUCUUUUUCCGAGGAUAUCAUAUAUGCAGUGACGAAUGGACGAAUAAAACCCUCGAAACAUAUAUGCCUUGGUUUGAGUCUGAAAAGUUUAACUAAUAGCAAGAAGAUUGUUAAUAUUAUCAACCGAUAUGGCCACUGCUGUAGCUAUACAAGUCUGGAGGGUAUCGAAACUGAAGCCACGUUUACUUCUAGCAUUCGUUCUGAUAUUUGUCCUGAAGGCAUCAUUCGCUCAGGAAAUCUAUGCACUGGUGUCGCAUUCGAUAAUUUCGAUCGAUUCGUUGAUACAUCAUCUGGACAUGACACACUGCACGACACUGUGGGUAUAAUUUUUCAAAAUAUUGAUAAUUCUAUCGAGCAGGAUGAUGAGGACACAAGAGCUGUAAGAAGUACAGCAGGCUCUUCCGAAAAGAGUAAUAAACGGAGGCGGACUUUCGACACAAUUACUCACGAAUUAGAACCAUACAAUAAGAGACCAAAACUUCACGAACGUUUACAGCCUGCAUCAGAUGUUUCAUCAAAUUUAUCAAACUCCAGUUCAGAAUGGUUAAAACAAAUUAAUUUUGCGUUCAUGCUUUCCCACUACCUUCAAAUACCCGAAACACCGAUGUGGGUUGGUUUCAAUAGCUUGAUCUACAAGGACACUGCUCCAACGCAAAAGCUCUGCUACUUAACCACCAUAAACGCCUCACCGACGGACAAAUCAGUUGUUUUAGAAACUAUGAAGCAGAGUCAACAGGUCGCUAGAGAAUGCGGCGAAAAGUAUAUGCAAGUAACAUAUGAUCUUGCCAUAACUAAAAUUGCACUUCAAAUUCAGUGUACCGAAAAACCACGUUACGACAACUUAUUUAUUCAUGUAGGAUCCUUUCACAUAAUGAUGUCUUAUUUUAAAGCAGUUGGUAAAUUUAUUGACAACUGUGGUGUUACGACAGUUAUGGUCAACGCGCAAAUGCUGGCGAACGGAUCUGUAAACAGUUUUAUUGCAGGAAAACAUUUUAACAGGUGCAAACGACUGCAUCCAAUGGCAUCAUUAGCCCUGCAAAUUAUACAUUUUGAAGAAUUUUUGAACCGGGAAAAUAUUGAAUGUAGCGAUGACAUGAAAAUAUAUUUAACUCAAUUCAAAGAAGAAAGAUCUGAUCAACCUCGAGUACUGCCACGAAACCUACAGGAUUUAUUCGAUAAAUACCAACAAUUCAAACAGCAAACACUGCAAGGAGACCUCGGUAAAACUCCACAGUUUUACAUGAUGUACGUUACUUUUAUUGAUCACUACUUAACACUGAAUGCAAGUGUACGAAGUGGAAAUUUGCAACUGUUCACAUCUAUCUUGUCGAAAAUAGCAAAUUUGUGUUUCGCUUUUAAUCAACAAAACUACUCUAGAUACUUAGUGAAAUACCAGGAUAAUUUGCUGAAAGUUGAUCAAACUCAUCCAGGAUUGAAGAAGCAACUUGAAAUGGGAACAUUUGGUGUGAAGAGAACUGACAAACCGAACUCAAGACAACCAGUCGAUUUAACUUUAGAGCAGACAAUAAAUGCCGAUGCUGCCAAUAAACUUACAGGUGUGAGUCACAUGACAAAUUCGAUAUCUGCUCGACAGCGUUGGUGCAAAAGUCACACUUUGAGAUCGACAAUAAUAAGUCAUACGAUGGACCAGACAGGGCUGAGAAAAGUUCAGGAUAUCACUGCCGACUUGCAGAAGAGCAGAAUCACUAAGAAUUCUCAACAAGUUCAUAAUUUCAUUGAUAAUAUUAAACAAAACAUUGAUCCAUUUUCUGCUGAUUUAGAUAAAAAUUAUUUAUUUAAUAUUUCGACGGGCCAAACGGUACAAGAAAAUAUUGAAAGAUUCUUACUUAAUGUCGAAAUAAUGGGUAAUGAACAACGAGAUAAUUUUAUUAAAGAAUGUGUAGAAGAUGAAAAUCGAUUUGAAAAACCCAUAAAAAGAAAUAAAGUACUUAAUUUCACAGAUAAUAUGCAAAAAAAGAAAAUUCCAGUGUCAGGAAAAGUUGUUGAACUGCGUAUGCAACGUGACUUGUUCGGUCAAUUUUUAUGCAUAUCCUUGAAGAAAUCUCUAGAUAUAGAAAAAGUUUUGAUAUAUCCUCUAACGCCGGUGCCAUUAUCAAUGUGUCACAUAGACGGCACCAUCUGCAAAACUAAUAAGGCAGCUCUAUUGAAAAUACUCGAGCAGCAGGUUGAGCCGCAUAUUCCGAAGCAGACUAACGUGAAGGUGUUCGAUGGAUUUUUUAUGCUUCAUUUGAUGAGGGAAAUUCCAGCUACUUACGGAAACAUAUCCACUAAAAUUCUAAGUAUGUUUUGUUCGAAUGAUGCGGAAGUUGUAGUAAUCGCCUUUGAUAGGUAUAUUUUUCCUUCGAUCAAAGAUAGUGAACAUUCUCUGAGAGGGAUGCAAGUCACACAAUUCCACAUCGAGGGAGCAGAUCAAAUACGUUCUUCUGAUUUCAGUAAUGACUUGAAAAAUGCUAAAUUCAAAGAGGCGUUAGUGAAUUUUAUUAUACAGCACUGGGCACUUGAUUCCGCAGCACCUUUCAUUGGUAAUAAAACCAUUUUUAUCAAUUAUGAUCAGUGCUAUAAAUAUAAAGUAAAUAAUGGCCACGUAGAAAGGACGCACGAUGUUUCAUCAACAUGUCCAGCUCAUGAAGAAGCAGAUACGAAGAUCGUUUUCCACGUCUGCCAAAUAGAUUACGAUGCACAUGUCACGAUAAGAUGCUCGGAUACUGACGUGGCCGUUAUAAUGCUUUCUAACAUGAGUGCCUUGAGUAACGCGAAUGUUAAAGUCUCAAUGGAAGCUGGAGUUGGUAAUAAUCAACGCUUUAUUAACAUUAGUAAAUUGUAUGAAACGUUAGGCCCUAAAUUGAGCGCAGCGCUUCCGGCUUUUCAUGCCCUGACGGGUUGCGACUAUAACCCGUCAUUUUUCAAGAAAGGAAAAAACCGGCCCUAUAAAAUUUUACACAGCUCAGAAAUAUAUAUAGAACAUUUUAUCAAACUAAGCAACGCACCUGAUGACGAGUUGGAGAAUACCUUCAACACUACAGAAGAAUAUGUAUGUCGAAUGUAUGGAUUUAAAAAAAUCAACAAAGUGAAUGAAGCACGAGUUGAAACAUUUUUGAAAACCUACAAUAUAUCACAAAACGAUGACAUAUUCCGGUUACCGAAGAAUAACAUCGAUGGAUCAGCUCUGCCUCCCUGCAAAAUUGAACUGCACCAACAUUUGCUGCGUACAACAUAUAUAGCAAAUAUUUGGGCACACGCUCAUCUUCAGGUUCCAACGGCAUUACAUCCGACUGAUUUUGGCUGGAAAGAGAAGGAGGGAAAAUUUCACUUCAAAUGGUUCGAAGGUGAGCAGCUUCCCUCUUCACUUGGUGAUAUAACUAUCAAUGAGGAUCAAACAAGUCCUACAGAUGAUAACGAAGAUAUUUCGUGGAUCAGCAUCAAUUGCAGCGAUCAUGAAAGCGAUGAUGGGAACGACGACGAUGAAUCCGAAGGAUCCGAAAUCUGAAAACAUUGUUGAUAUCUGAUUUUGUUACACACACUAGUUCACUAUGUCUGUUAAUUUGUAUUGUUAGUAUAUUUUUUGUGAAGGAAUACUGAAAAAAAAAUUGAUAGUAAACCUAUUUUUAAUUAUCUUCCUUCAGAUCAGAAAUGUAAUACCUACGUAUUUAUCAUUAAAUAAAUGCAUGCAUGUGCGCUGAGUUUGAGAAAACUAUAGAUACCUGAUACCGCAAAAGCUGAUAUUUGGUGUACCUAUAGUUGAAAUAAUGGGUUAACAAAA